AUGAAAUUUGAGAGUACAUCUAAAGAAAGAUUGAGCCAUUCAUUAUUUGGCGGGUCAUGUACUGAUGUCAUAAACCACGAUGUUUUUACAGUGUUCUUGUCUAAAACGGAUGGAACUUAUCAUUGUAACUUCAAAGCUCUUAGCCAAGAUAUUAUUUGUGGAAGUAUACCACCAGUUGCUAAUGGCGAGUGGAUUCAAGAGCUUAAAGAGAACAAUAUAUCCGUAUGCGACGAUAGUAAUGGACCAAUAGAAAUACUUAUUGGCGCUGACAUUGCAGGCAAGUUGAUGACCGGAGGAUUUAAAUUGCUUACUUCAGGCCUUGCUGCUAUAGAAACAAAACUUGGUUGGACUCUUUUCGGGAAAAAUGGUAUGCGUGAGAUCUCGGACAAUUCCGCACUGCUCGUCACAUCCAUGUUGAAUAAGGAAAUAUUGAUAUCCGAUCUAUGGUCUCUAGAUUCACUUGGAAUUCUAGAUCCAUCAGAGAAGAAAAGUAAACUGGAACUUCAAGAAGAAGCAAGAGAUCAUUUCUUGUCUACUGUAAAGGUGAACGAAGAGGGGCGUUUUCAAGUCAGCUUGCCAUGGCUUGAUAACCAUCUACCGUUAAAAGAUAACUAUGACUUAGCUGUAAAGAGAUUAGCUUCUACAGUAAAACGACUAAAAGCUGAGAAACUUUAUGAUGCUUAUGGAGAAGUUUUUAGUGAAUGGGAACAAGAAGGCAUCAUAGAAGAAGUACCAAAAAGCGAAAUUGAUGUAACAUGCCAUUAUCUACCACAUCGACACGUAGUAAAAGAAAACAGUACUACACGAAUCAGGCCAGUGUUUGAUGCCUCGGCCAAACAAAAAGGAUCCCCUAGUCUCAAUGAUUGUCUAGAAAAAGGUCAGAACCUUAUCGAACUGAUUCCUUCAAUUCUUCAUAGAUUCCGAAUGAACAGAAUAGGAGUUUCUGCAGAUAUACGAAAAGCAUUCUUACAAAUAAGUCUCAACCCUAAGGAUAAAGACUAUCUAAGAUUCUUAUGGUAUAGAACUGAUGGAAAACUGAAGUAUUACAGGCAUUGUAGGGUAGUAUUUGGAGUUACAAGCAGCCCUUUCUUGCUAGUUUCUGUAAUUCACCAUCUUCUAGAAUCCACUUUGAAACAACUAAAUGGAAACCCAAAUCUACCAGAAAUUUUGUCUAAAAGAGAGAUUUUAGCUACUACACACAAAAUAUUCGACCCUUUAGGAAUAGCUUGCCCCGUAACUCUUGUGCCGAAACUUUUACUUCAGCACCUAUGGGAAGUUAAGUUAUCUUGGGACCAAGAAGUUGAUUCAAAUUCAAAAUCACAAUUUUGUAAAUGGUUGAAUGAUUUGCAGUGUCUGGAAAGAAUGAGAAUACCAAGAUGGUUAAACUGUGAUCGUGAGAUUGAAAAUAUCUCACUUCAUUUCUUCAGUGAUGCGAGUAAACUUGCAUAUUCAGCUGUGGCCUUUGUUCGAGUACAAACAAGAGAUUCGGUUCAAGUUCAUUUGGUGCAAGCUAAAGCGAGAGUUGCACCCAGCGGAAGGAAAAAGACAACAAUAGCUCGAUUGGAACUUCUUGGAGCUACAAUAUGUGCACGUUUAGCAUCCAGCAUAAUACCUGAAUUUCAAGCUGAUGAUAUUUAUUUUUGGACAGAUUCGUCUACUGUGCUAGCUUGGAUACAGAGAAAUGAAGUAUGGGACGUAUUUGUUCACAACAGAAUUAAGGAAAUAAAGCAACUGACUUCUAUUGAAUCCUGGAGAUGGUGGGAAGGACCUAAAUGGCUAUAUUUAUCACCUGAAAAAUGGCCAAAAGAAGAUUUUAGUGCUGAUGAAGAAGAAAUAGCUCUUGAGAAAAAGAAAAGGAUUAUUUCGUCCUUAAUAAAUCUUAAUGCUAGUGAAAUAGUUGCUACUAGAUUCUCAAGUUAUCGUAAGACAAUCAGACUGGUAGCGUGGAUGUGUCGUUUUGUUUACAACUGUAAACAUCAAAACAAGAAAAAGGAUGAACUUACUGUAUCUGAGUUAAAUGAAGCAGAGAAUAUCUUGAUUCGUUUAAUACAAAAUGAGUCCUUUAAUGGAACAGAAGAUAAACGGAUUUUAAGUCUUAAUCCAUUCAUUGAUUGUGGGAUCAUCAGAACUAAAACAGCAAUAUUUCAAAGAGAAGAUACAUCUGAGUUCAGAACUCCUGCUAUUUUGCCAAGUGAUCAUCCUCUUAUAAGAAGUGCAAAAUGGAGAAGUCGUAAGAGCUGUACAAAAUCUUUAUCCUUUGGAAUUAUCGACUGCCGAGGAACUUCCAUCGAAAUUCAGCGGAAGUCAACCAUGCGAAAAUAUUUCGGUAGAGCUAAACUCCAGUUGAGGAUGUACCUGUAG